AUGGGAAACGGAAGGAAAGUGAAGGCUUUAACCUUUGUUGCGAAGCCGAGCCCUCGCCCUCUUCGUCGUAAUCGGAGAUCGGGUGUGGGAUCGGAGAGCCUUCGAGCGGCUGAGUCUGAAACGGCGCACGGAGGGGAAGGGAUUGCUGCAUCAAAUAGUUUCCACAUCAAACCCCAUACUCAUUACGACUCUUUCUGCCCACCUCCAUCCCCUUUAAGUUUCAAAAAGUUUCAAUCAUGUACUUCUGAAGUUACAAUUUCCCCUUACCUCAAAAAAGAUGUCCCUUUUUUCUUAAAGAAAAAAAAUCUCAAUGUUUGUUAUAUCUCUGAAUGUCUUGUCUUUUUAGCUGCAUCAAAUAGUUUCCACAUCAAACCCCAUACUCAUUACGACUCUUUCUGCCCACUCCUCCAUCCCCUUUCUUUCCUCUCCCAAAACCACCACCAACUCAAACAAGAAGAAAAGAUAAUCAGACUAUGUUCUUUCAUUAGCAGCCUUUCAUUCAAUUCCCUCUUGAAAACUCUUCUCCUUGCUCCUCCUUCUCCGCUAAAACUCCUCCUCCAACCAUCCAUGUUCUUCUCUUCAAACCACCCUUCCCUCAGCUUCAAUUUCAACCAACAUGAAGACCACUCUGAGUCUGAGAUAAACCCUAACCAAAUCCAUCCAGACCAUGGAAUGGAACCCAUGUUUGAAAAACCCUUAACCCCCAGUGAUGUUGGCAAGCUCAACAGGCUUGUUAUUCCCAAACAACACGCCGAGAAAUACUUCCCGCUCGCCGCUGACUCCGUCGACAAAGGCUUGUUGCUCAGUUUCGAAGACGAGUCCGGCAAGUUUUGGCGUUUCCGUUACUCGUAUUGGAACAGCAGCCAAAGCUACGUGUUGACAAAAGGGUGGAGCAAAUACGUCAAAGAGAAGCAACUUGAUGCUGGUGACAUUAUUUUAUUCCUGCGACACCGUUCAGAUGGUGAUAGGUUCUUUAUAGGGUGCAGGAGGCGCGGUGCACCGUCAGCACCAGCUGAUGCCGGCAACACCCUCAUGGGAAAUAGUACAUCCUGUGGAGGCGGUGGCGAUACUAGGGGACUUUAUCAUGGGCAUCCUUAUCUUGGGCACAUUCAAGGCUAUGCUGCUAAUCUGCCAUACCGCCCUGGCUGCCUUCAUGCAGGAAGUAUUGUUGAAAAUGAAGGUAUAGCAGCCGGGAACCCAAGAAGGCUGGUGCGGCUGUUUGGGGUGAACCUAGAGUGCCAGCUCGAUGGGUCAGAGCCAUCCACGCCUGAAAAUAGCUCGUCGGUGUCGGUGUCAAGCCAGCAGGGCCCAACCACCCACCAGUUUUAUAACUCUCAGUCAUACACUUCAAACUACAUGGAUAUUACCUUCUCCCGAGAUAUGAACCAGAUGAGAAAUCAUCAAGAAUAAGAUCUGAAGAUGUGACAUCCUGGAUUUUAUUUUUAAUUCAACCUCCCCGGAAAG